AUGGCACAUGUCCUCUUUAGCGUGCAACUUGGCCUUGACUCCCUUCUCUCUGACUAUGGACUCGAGGCUGUUUUAUCUCGCCCUAACAUAGUUGACGACAAGGGAUUGCUUUUCGGCUCUCCCAGUUCCACUUCCUCGUCUCCUCCACUUUCUGAUUCUCCUUGUGAUCAGGUGAAAUCUGGUUAUUAUUUAAUUUGCACUUUAUUUAGUUCUUAUGCUCUGUUUAGAAUUCUAACACCAACAACCUCUGGUGAGCGCGCAUCGCAUUAUUGUCAAGAAUGUACUCACUAUCUUUGUACCAACUGCACAAUGGCGCACCAAUAUAUGCAUUGCUUUGAGGGCCAUCGUGUGGAGCCCAUUUCUCAAGUACAGACGUCCAUGCCACCGUCGAGUACUACUCCUGCACACGAACGUUCUUGCAAAUGUUUGCAGCAUCGUGCACAGCCGUUGCGCUUCUUCUGUCUGACGUGCAACUUGGCCAUUUGUCGUGAAUGCACCCUUGUUGAACAUGCACAGCCGGCACAUCAGUACGAACCUAUUACGGAGGUUGCUGAGAAACAACUCAAUACGAUGGAGAUGCUAGUGAACGAAGCGCGUAACAAGCAUAUGGACCUUUUAGAAAUGUUCAAACAGGUCGAUGCCGCUCAACAGCGACUAAGUGCAAGCCUAGGUCGCGCUCACUCACAGCUUGAUGAAAACGUUAAUGCUCUUUUACGCAUCGUCGAAGAUGCGCGCAAAGCUGCAUCCAAGGAGAUCGACGCUGCUUUCUCCGCCAAACAAAUUCAACUUACCAUGGUAGAUAAACGCAUCCAGCAAAUGACAGAAAAACUUAGUCAAACUAUCGACUUCACAACGAGGCUUGUCAAGUAUGCGUCUCCCACCGAGGUCAUGGUGUUCAAACAGCUGUUAGACACUCGACUCCAACUUUUCCUGGCGUUCAAUCCUGACGCAUCCAAUGCUUUGGGAUCAUCAUGCGAGCUUGAGUUUCCACCACUUAACGUCUCAAGUGCCCGCCAGACCAUCCAAGGAUUGUUUGGCCAGGUGCGAGGAGGGCCAGCAGAUUGGAACGGACAAGCCAGCUCUCAAACAGGCAUGCCUCCAACACCAAUAGGAAGACCUCCAAGCAGACAACUUGUGCGUUCCCCUCCUCAGGCACACAGCGUUCCCCUUCCACCAAGUGUGUUUUCUGAUUCUAACAACUUCCUUCGCCCGAGAAAUGAAUUUGGAGGUUCUAGUCAAUCUCUUGGAAAUUUCGCCACCGACGACGCUUGUGGUUUGCCGGUCUACAAUCACUAUGAUAAGUGGUCGAUCGGUGUUGAACCUAGUCUUGGCAUGCUUGAGCCAGGAAAUAUGGAAGACGAGAAGAUAACCCUUUAUCCACCAAGUCGAUCACAGAUCAGUCGUCAAAAGAUGAUUUAUCAUUGCAAGUUCGGGGAGUUUGGCGUGAUGGAGGGUCAAUUUACGGAACCUUCUGGUGUGGCAGUGAAUGCGCAAGGUGACAUCGUUGUUGCCGACACAAAUAACCAUCGUAUCCAAGUUUUUGAUAAGGAAGGACGCUUCAAAUUCCAAUUUGGCGAGUGCGGCAAGAGAGAUGGACAGCUUUUGUACCCCAACAGAGUGGCUGUUAACAAGAUGACGGGUGAUUUUGUGGUAACUGAAAGGUCUCCUACUCAUCAGAUCCAGGUUUACAAUCAGUAUGGUCAAUUUUUACGGAAAUUUGGAGCGAAUAUUCUGCAACACCCUCGUGGUGUUUGUGUCGACAACAAAGGACGGAUAAUUGUGGUUGAAUGCAAGGUGAUGCGCGUGAUCAUUUUUGAUAUGUUCGGAAAUAUUCUGCAGAAGUUCAGUUGUUCUCGUUACCUUGAGUUUCCCAAUGGUGUCUGCACAAACGACAAGAAUGAAAUCCUCAUUUCAGAUAAUCGUGCCCACUGUAUCAAGGUGUUUUCAUAUGAAGGACAAUUUCUUCGUCAAAUUGGCGGUGAGGGGAUCACCAAUUAUCCAAUCGGUGUUGCUAUAAACACUAUGGGUGACGUUGUUGUGGCUGAUAAUCACAACAAUUUCAACUUGACGGUGUUUUCACAGGACGGAGCAAUGAUUGGUGCUCUGGAAUCGAAAGUGAAGCACGCGCAGUGCUUCGAUGUGGCUUUGGUGGAUGAAAGCAGUGUGGUUCUGGCAUCAAAGGAUUACCGUCUUUAUCUUUAUCGUUUCCAACGUAGUGCUGGAGGUGGUCAGCAAUAG